GCUGUACAGAGAGGAGGAGGAGGUGGAGAGCAGAGCGCGCGAGGAGGCGGAGAACGCAUCAUUCCGAACUCAGCGAUCAGCUCUCGCGCAUUCUUUCACGGACUUCUGCGGAGGGAACACUGGAGCGCACGAGAGAGUGAGAGAGAAAGAGUGAGAGAGACAGACAGACAGACAGACAGAGAGAGAGAGAGAGAGAGAGAGAGAGAGAGAGAGAGGUUGAAAGAGUUCGGAUCUCCUUUUUUUUCUUCCUCGGGUGUUUGAUAUAUUUUUUUUUUGGUUUGUUUUUGUUUUCCGUUAUCCGGACAUGUCGUUCCCGCAGCUGGGCUACCCGCAGUACCUGUACGGUGUUGGAGCGGCGGCUGACCGGCAGCUCCUCGCGCCGUCGUCGGUGUCUCCCGCGUCCCCGCCUUCCGCCGCGUCCUCGCGCGGGGCCAACUGCGACGUGGCGGGGAGCGCGUGCGCCGUCACCUCGCUGCUCGCGGCAGGAGCCGGCGGCGCCGGUGGCGUGUACGCGCACCCGUACGGCUACGGCGCAUUCCUGCCGUACACCAGUGCCGCUGAGCUCGCGCUCUUCUCCCAAAUGGGCUCACAGUACGAUCUAAAGGAUAGCCCCGGGGUCAGUUUUGCGGCUCACGCCUCCCCCGCAGCGUUCUACCCCUACGCCGGGUUCCAGUAUGGCGACGCGUCCAGGCCUAAGAACGCCACACGCGAGAGCACCAGCACGCUGAAGGCCUGGCUGAACGAACACCGGAAGAACCCGUAUCCCACCAAGGGCGAGAAGAUCAUGCUGGCCAUCAUCACCAAGAUGACGCUCACGCAGGUGUCCACGUGGUUCGCCAACGCCAGGCGGAGACUCAAGAAGGAGAACAAAGUGACCUGGGGCGCGCGAGCCAAGAGCGAGGACGGAGAGGACGUCGGCAUUUUCGGCAGCGACAAUGAAGACAAGCGUGAGGACGAAGAGGAGAUCGACCUGGAGAGCAUCGACAUCGAUAAGAUCGACGAGAAUGACGGGGACCGCAGCAACGCCGAGGAUGAGGAGGACGACGACGAAGACGACGACGAGGAAAAGCGAGCACGCAAACUCCUAAAGGAGAGAGACGACACCCACGCCCAUGUGCAUGCCAGCAAUGCUAAUGCUAAUGCUAACAAAAACAUGACCAUCAUGACAUCCCCGGGGCUCCAGAUCCCCGUCAGCAGCAAACCCAAGAUCUGGUCGCUAGCGGAGACGGCGACGAGUCCGGAUGUGUCUAAAAACACCGGUGUCCAACAUCCGGCCUUCCUCGGCAACCACAGACUGUACACCUGCCCCAUCGGGAAGAUCCACAGCUGGAACAACGGAGCUUUCCGCAGCCACAACUCACUGCUCAGCGUCCGCUCGCUGGUGGGAGUAAAUCAGAACCAUCUUCAUCAUCAUCAGCAGCAGCAUCAUCAUCAUCACAAUCAGAAUCAAACACAACAACAACAACAACAGCAACAGCAGCAGCAGAAUGUAAUGGAGAAGGACAAAAGCCCUGAGCAGCUCAGCCCCAAACACACAGAGCGGGGAGUUGAGUCGCCCACACACACCAUCACAAAGUCCUCGUUCAGACCUCUUCACGACGGUCCAAGGAAUCCUCAUCGAGUCCUGACCACCUGAUCUCCUGACAUAAAGACUCUAAAAUACAACAGAAAUACAGAAUUAAAUACCUAUGGAUAUUUGGAGUUUUGUAAAUAUAAUAUUAAUAAUUAAUAAUAUUAAUAAGAAUAAUAGCGCUUAAAUUUAUCCCGGGAUAAUGGGUAGGUUUGACUUCCUCUCUCUGUGUUGGUGUUUUUAUUCAGUUGUAUGAGUUUUCCCUGUAUUUUAUUAUUAUUAUUUUUUUUGUUUAUUUUUUUGUUUAUUUUCCUGUAAAUGCAGCAUCUCAAAUCUGUAAAUAGUGACUUGACGGAGUUUGUGCAGAUCCUAUAUUUUGUCUAU